UAAAUAUAUCAACAAUGGCCAUCUGCACAAGCGACUGCAGAAUGUGAAUUGCGGCAUUUAUCAUGCUUCUGUGUCUGGCAUUGAUUUGGUUUGGUUUGGCGGGAAAUGCUGAGGGAUCCACGUGCCCGCCUUUCUGUAGAUGUCUUUGGAGGUCAAGUAAGAUUACUGUGGAAUGUAUAGAACUUGGUCUGGAACAUCUUCCUGUAGAAGUGGAUGCAGCUACUCAGGUUCUAAACCUCACUGGGAAUAAUAUUACUACACUCAAGAACAAGGAGUUCCAGCUUGCCGGGCUGGUCAACCUUCAGAGGGUCACCCUAGCGGCAGCAAACCUCACUAAUAUAGAAGAGAAAGCAUUUCUAGGUUUGCUGAACCUAGUAGAGUUGGAUUUAUCUUUUAACAGAUUAACUUCAGUUCCCAGUUCAACAUUCUCCUUUACUCUCACCCUAGUUAGUUUAAGCCUAGCUAACAAUCCUAUCAGGAGUAUAAUAGCAAACCAAUUCCAGCCUCUGCGUGGUUUGCUGAAACUAGAUUUAUCUUACUGCAGAAUUGACAAUAUUGAAGAGGAAGCAUUCUCUGGUCUCCAAAACCUAGAGAGGUUGUCCAUGCACGGAAACGUACUGCAUGUGUUGCCUGGUGUACUGCCUGGAAGCCUUCAUGGGGUGACUCUCCAUGAGAACCCAUGGAACUGUGAUUGCAAACUUAGAACCCUGAAACAUUGGUUGGACUCUAGUAAUGUACCCCGUCAGGUGGAGCCAACAUGCUCCACUCCGUCCCGUCUUCUUGGAUUCCGUGUUGGAACCCUCAGCAAUCCUGAGUUUGCAUGCGCUCCAAUUGUUAAACCUGGGUCAAGCUUCCUCACAAUAGAGGAGGGAGAGGAUGUUACCCUGAUAUGUCAUGUUGAUGCUGAUCCUGCUGCAGAUAUCUACUGGACCUUCAACGGAAGAAAGGUCGAGGAGAACGUCUUUAAGUUCUCCACCAAGCAACUGUAUGAAGGUUCUCAAGGAUAUCGAAGUGAGCUACGAAUUACAAACAUCAGUUCUACAGAGAACGGUUCCUUUAGUUGCUCUGCCCGAAACAAGGCUGGGGUAUCCAUGUCCAACUUUACACUUUCCGUGUCCCAUGGAGAUAUAUCAGGGGCUAUGGAGCUGAAACUUGAACACUUUGUAGUGGUCAGCAUCUGUGUUAUUAUUGUGCUCCUUCUGUUGGUGAUAGCUGUAACACUCCUUCUAAUACAUCUUUGCCGGAAAUAUGGAGAGAAACCUAGAGAUCCACGACCACCAACUCAUAUGCCCAAGUACAUCCAGAUGGGGACUGGUAAGCUAACUGCAAGUCCUUCCAAUACAAGCUACCUCGCCACCCCAGAUAUUCUAACAGAGAUCUCAAACUUUCAGCUUACCCCUGACUCUAGCUGUAUUAGUAUGGAUACUGUUUCCACCCCGGCAUAUAGCGAGCAUACGGAUGUAUCCAUUAUAAUGCAGGACUACGGAAACAUAGAUAAAGGAAACCCAAUCAUAGGAGGAGUGAGUAGGAACCCUGGUAUAGAAGAGAGGAAGUAUUUAGGUUGGGUCGGAGGAAACCAAUCUAUCUCAAGACACUUUUAUGGAACACAAAGGAGAGAAAAGAAGGAGGAAAGAAGAGAGGAGAGAAGAGACGGAGAAGUAAGAUUGCAUCCACGGAAUCAAGACCAGGAAGACCGUAGGGAGAACAGGACUGUGUCCUCGGAGUCAAUAAACAACUACUUACAGAACAUGUUCAGUGCCAGUUCCCAGGAACUGUACCCGGACCCAGUGAGAUCUGUCAGUAACAUAGAUUCUACAUGGUCACACUCAACUCUAGACUCUACCUGGGCCAGGAAUAAUCCUUAUCUUCACACCUCUCGUCCUUACAUUGUUCCCCUUACUCGUCCCGUUAGAUCGGACGAACAGUAUCCAGUUCCGUCCUUAGAGUUCCAGUCCCCACAUUAUCCAGAUCGUCUUUCGUCCUCAAGAUUGUCAGACCCCCUGUACGAAUCCAUCAGCAGUGUUCGAUUUGCCAAAGAAAAUAUCCAGGACGGAGUAGGAAGGUAUUCUAGGGACGGAAAAACUAUCCAGGACGGAGUAGGAAUUAUUCUCAGGAACGGAGAAACUACGCAGGCCGGAGUAGGACGGUUUCCUAGGGACGGAAUAACUAUCCAGGACGGAGCAGGAAGGUUCUCCGAUGGUAAGGAAAACAUAGUGAUACGAACCGAAGAUUCAGUUCAAGAUAUUCUAAGAAAACUCUCAGGUGAGGAGACUGUAGUGCUCACAGAACAACCCAGAGACAGUUCUACUCCGAAUCCAGAUCAAACCCGUGCAACUGCUCAGGGUUAUAAAGAGUGGGUGAAGGACCCAAGAAAUAUAGAAGGAAGGAGCCAUCUGGAAAAGAAAGGUCAAAACAAAGAGAGAGAAGUGAAGAAUGAAAGUGGGAAGGAUAAGGGAAAGGACGGAGAAGAAAAUGAUGGAGAGAGAAGGGUUUACUCCUGGGAUGACAGGUUUGAUUCUCCGGAUAUCAGUAAGGAACUAGAGACAGCUUUCUUCAACCUAGAUGCUGGAGAAACAGAAAUAUAAAACUUAUCCUUUUAUAUGAAUAAUUGUCGCAAUCUUGAAGAAUUUCGAUUUGAAAUACAAACAAUAAAUUAA